CCGUGUUAUGUCUUAACUUGUUUGAUCAAUUCCUAUUGUUUAAGUUCAAAUGUUGAAAACCAAGUCUUUCCUAGUAAAAGUCAAGCCACGAGAAUAUCUCAGUAGGACCAAAAGUCACACAAAGCUACCAGUUUACCAAUCAACCAACACCAUUAUCGACAACCUUAUAUAUAGGUCAUUAUCAAAACUAUAUAUGAUACAAAACAAACAAGGAGUAAAGCCAUACAACAACUUUUACGUGCCAAGACAAAAAGAAGAAAUUCUUACUUUUAAUAUACAAAGAAACAAGAGAGGAAUGAUGAUGAAGAGACAAAUGAUACUUGGAGUGAUUCUGCUUGGAUUCUUGGUGAUUUUCUUGGGCACCACACAAGUGGAAGCGGCUAGGCCGUUGCGAACCAGCGGUGAGAUUCAAUACGUGUUCCAGUUCCUGCAAAGAGGUCCGGUGCCGCCGUCAGAUCGAAACGGAUGUACCCACAUUCCGAGACAGGGAGGUUCGUGCCGCGGCUGAGCAGUCACCUUAGUCAGAUUAUACAUCCUGGUUACAUUUUUUUUUUCAAAUUUAAGGUAGUUAAUGUAAUAAACACAACAAUGGUUUUGUGUAUUGGUUCUAUAUUUAAAGCAGUUAGCAACUUCAAAAGCAAAUGUAUGUAUUCAUUAACUUCAUAAAAGCUGCAAAAAGCUAGUUGAUAAGAUUAAUUAUUCUUUUAUUUGUUAAGGAACUACAUGUAUAACCAUUUUGGUUUAUAAUUAUAAUAUUAUUUUUUAUCUU